CUGCACGGGGGUUGGGGGCGGGCGGCGCCUGCGCCCGCGCACGCUGCCACCACGCUGGUAGGAGGACUGGUCGCGCCGCCGCGGGAACCAACCACGGCGGCUGAAGCCUUCUGGAAGAUGCCGCAUAAAGGUGUUUAUGCUCUAGAUGAGUUGAUGCAUAGCGCGGCUAUGGGUGGCGGGGCGCUGUUCGGGUGCUCGUCAGCUGGACAUAGCGGGAUAAACCAACUAGGAGGAGUUUACGUGAAUGGAAGACCUCUCCCGGACUCGACGAGACAGAAGAUAGGUUCUAAUAUUUCGUCAAAAUAUACAUUUAUUCACAGGUACUACGAAACUGGUUCUAUCAAACCAAGAGCGAUUGGUGGUUCGAAGCCAAGAGUAGCGACUACUCCUGUUGUACAGAAAAUAGCUGAUUACAAGAGGGAAUGUCCAUCCAUCUUCGCCUGGGAGAUACGAGACCGUCUACUCAGCGAGAACGUGUGCAACAAUGAUAAUAUACCAAGCGUGUCAUCAAUAAACCGCGUGCUGCGUAACCUCGCGUCUCAAAAGGAGCAGGCGGCCUCAGCACAAAAUGAUAGUGUUUAUGAGAAGCUGAGGAUGUUCAACGGACAAGCAGCCACUGGCUGGUGGUAUCCUGGCCUACCGACUGCCCCAGCACCUUCCAUACCAGCGCCAAUACCACAACAGUUGAACAGACCCGAGGAACAUAAACGAGCAGAUACUCUCCAAUCGGAGGCUGGGUCUGACGGGAACAGCGAGCACGCGUCUUCAGGAGAUGAAGACUCACAGAUGAGAUUAAGGCUGAAGAGGAAGCUGCAACGAAACAGAACAUCCUUCACUAACGAUCAGAUUGAUAGUCUCGAAAAAGAGUUCGAGCGCACUCACUACCCGGAUGUUUUCGCGCGGGAACGGCUGGCUGAAAAGAUCGGAUUGCCUGAGGCACGUAUCCAGGUUUGGUUUUCAAAUCGUCGAGCUAAGUGGCGUCGUGAGGAAAAACUGCGAAGUCAAAGACGAGACGCGCCCGCAUCACCCGCCCCGCCGGCCAGACUGCCGCUGAAUGGCGGGUUCAACUCUAUGUACAGCCCCAUACCGCAACCCAUAGCCACCAUGACUGAUACCUAUAGCUCCAUGUCGUCGGGCCUGUCGUCGUCGUGCCUCCAGCAGCGCGAGCCCGGCUACCCGUACAUGUUCGGCGACGUGCUCUCCAGCGGCGGGUACAGGGCGCCCGCCGCGCACCAGCAACACGCCGCCUACAGCCAGACGCAGGGUGGGGGGAGUACCGGUGUCAUAUCGGCGGGUGUGAGUGUUCCAGUACAAAUACCAUCUCAAGGGCCGGACCUCGCGUCUAAUUACUGGGGCAGGCUGCAGUGA